CAGAGACACAGUCAGGCGUCCGCCGGCAGAGAGGACAGACGGACCGCAACCAUGACUGCUUCCUGGAAGCAGCUGCUCUUUCAGAUCCCCCUGAUGCUCAUCUCCACCAGACACAUCAACACAAAGAAAGUAUCUGUGACACCAACUCCUCUGGCCCCCAUAUCUGCUCUGCAACCAGAGAUGAGAAGCGCUGUCCUAAAAGGCGAUGGUCACACAGAGACAAUCAAGCUCCAUAAUCCCGUCAAUCUGACGCUGGAGUGUACCUGGCCGGGAAAACUGAACAAAGUGCCAAAUAUAACCACUUACUGGAGAAAAGAUGGGACCGAAAUCCUGGAAAGUUAUCGCACAGCGUCACUCGAGAAUGAGCAGAUUAAUCUCAAGCGAGAGUUCAUUAUCAACAAUGAGGAAUCCCUUGGAAAUUACUCGUGCAUUUUUGGUAGUGAGGCAGAAUUUGUUUUCAUUCUUAGAGUUCCACAGAUCCAUGAUGUGAGAGACAAGCCGAUAGUCAGCUAUGUUGGGGAUGCUGUGAUGCUGACAUGUAAAAUGGAUAAAACCGACCCUAUGCCGACCACCUGGAACUGGUAUAAGGACAACGGGACAGACAAGGAGCAGAUAUUUGAGGUUGCGACGCCUGAACGCUACAAGAUCACCAAUGACAAGUGGAGCACCAAGCUGCAAGUGAAGAACCUGACGGCGGCGGACGGAGGGCGGUAUUACUGCGGCGCCGUGUACGCCAUCGGCCUCUCACUGAGCCCGGUGGACCUCAAAGUGAUCACCUUCAUGGAACCACUGAAGCCCUUCAUAAGCAUCGUGGUUGAAGUCGUGGUUCUGGUCUCCGUCAUUCUGAUCUAUGAGAGAAAUCGCUCAAAGAAAAAAGUGGCAGAAGAAACUGGGACCACCUCAGAGCAAAAUGCGGCACUGCCACAGGGGGAAGAUCCCGAGGGAGAUGAAAGUUCUUCAAUGAGACAUCGCAAAGUUUAAAGUCCACAAAGAGACAAGCGCUUCCAAUACCUUCAUAUUUAAAGGUGAAUAAGACUCUGAAAGCAAUAUUUAAAUAAUUAUUUUGGGUAUAUGUAAUCCUAACAGCAACCAAAUAUAUUUACAAUAACCAGAGUGUCAUUUUCACCACUCCAGCAUUCCUGGUGAGCAAAUGUUUUUUACUUUAAAGCGGACGUUUGUGACGUGAGAAGCCUGAAACACUUUGCUUCUUUCCUUCCUGUGCAGAAACUGAAGUAGCGCGGUUUGCUCACUUCCUAUUUCCUGCUGCUUCUUUGACCUUUGCUGCUGUUGCGUAGAAGUUGUGGUUUGCGAGCAGUGCCUUACACUCUCUAAAAGCAAUUCACUAACCCCUCACUGUGCCGUGAACUCUUUCCAACCUGUCGGUUUGUUCUUGAAAUCUUUGUUCCAACAUCCUCUAUCUUAGAAUACAUAUGGAUUUAUAUCCUCAUUUUUGCUGAUGUGUAUAAACACCCUGUUUGUGCUGGAAAUUUGUAAUAAGUUCACCCCUAAACUCAAUGGAACCAUCUUCAGGUUGUGUCAAAUGAUCAAAACAAUAAAGAUGGGC